UACAAUUGUCAAAACCACGACGGCGUCGUUACACAUAACACGCCUAACAAACCCGCCGUUAUAAAAUCUCAAAAAUGGCGAGAUAACAUUAAACAAACCCACAAAAUGUAACCAUCAGACCAUCUCCCCUCCUAAAGCCGUAUAACUCUUUGAUUAGCUAGUUAGAACCGCAUCAAAAUGGGUAAGCCGAAAUACGAAAACCCCACAAGCACCUAUCCAUACAGAAUACCGAAGAGGUUGAAUAUCUUGAGCGUCCCCCGAAAGUAUAUUAUUGAUACUGGGGAGGGAAUGCCAGCUUUGACUCCCAGGGGGGUCCGGAAGUCUGCACUCAACAGCGUACUGUCUGAUCGGGUGAAUGACGCCGCUUGGCCUUACAUACGACGUUUCCUGCUGAUAAAGCGCAUGUACAAGAACAAAUUCAGUCAAGAACGCCUGGAAAGAAUCGACCGUAUGAUCGAAGCCACAAACGUGACAUGCUACUCGAAACUGGCGAACUGCGUCAUAGACCUGAAGAAGCAGGACACUAAAGACCUCAAGAAGAAACGAGGAUGGACCGAGAGCGAGUGGAAGAAGCAUAUGGACUACAUCGGACAGAUCGCUGGACCGAGGAAAGAGUUUAGGCCACCCCCCGUUAAGAGAGGUGAACGCAAACCGCUGGAUCUUCUCAUGCCAAGAAUUAGACAGCUGUCGUUGUUCCCUGAAUUCAAAUGGUACCGAAGGCUGUCCAAAGAGGCAUGGUAUCGAGAUCCUGUUAAGGUACCUCCGAACGCCCUGAAGUAUGUCAUAUCGGAACGAGUGAAGAAACUAGCUACUCCAAGAGCUAUACCGCAAGCUGAUUGACCGAUUCAAACAUAUUAUAUUAUACUUGCAUAUCCAAUAUUUGUUUGCGCCAAAAUAAAUAAUCCAACGCCGACUUAAACCGUAACAGCGAUGUAA